GGUAGCCUUGCAAAGAUGGAGCCUUACUGUCCAGUUAGAGAAAUGGAUUGGAAAGAUGUCGAUGGGGCUUUAAAAGCUAAAUUGAUACAAGAUAUACAAGAUCGCUUUGUUAUUCCUGAUUGUUCGGUAUACGUCACGCAAAUUCUCAAGCGUGCCAAUAAAAGCUGGAAGCAAUAUAAAUACUCUCUCAAGAAAGAUUACUACAAACCAGAGGAGAAAACAGAAGAACAGAUGGCCAGAGAAGCAGAGCCGCGACAUGGAAUUAGCGGUAAAGAGUGGGUAAAGUUGGUUAGAUAUUGGUAUUCAGAUAAAGGGAAAAAAUUGUCAGAAUGUGGAAAAGAAGCACGAGCCUCCCAAACUCAAUUUCAUAGAUCUGGUUCUAAUAGCUAUGCGAACCAACAAGCUGAUUAUGAAGACGAGCAUGGAGUAAAAAUGAGCUUAUUAGCCCUUUGGAUAAAGACUCAUUCGGGCAAGGACAGGACCUUUCUUGCAAACACACUCACUGAAGAUUUUGUUGAUGAUGCAAAGGCCAUGGUUGAAUCGCUGAAGACUGUAAACCCUUCUAAGUCUCAACAAGAACUCGAAAAUGAAGCCUUUGAGGACACUAUGCAUGGUGGAAAGGUACCAGAACGUCCUGUAGGUUGCGGACUUGGAGUUCGUAAGAGCGACGUUUAUGGAGUGCAUGGUGUGCUAAGGAAGAAUGGGUAUGGAAAAGUUCGUCAUAGGACCGUGGUGAUGGAAAAUGUGAAAGAAGAAGUGUCAACUAUCAACAAGAAAAAUGAAAACACUGGAGAAGGAAAAUGGAAAGCUGCAAGAGCAAGUGAAAGAGAAUAAUUGGCUGCUUAAAACACUUAUUGGACAAUUUGCUCAACUUGUAGGUCAAGUUCGUACAGGAAAUGCUUCAACAAAAGCUCUUGAUUGUGCACAGCAAGUCUUGGGAAUGGCACAUCAAAGGGUCGUCCAACGUGAUAAGGUGCAAAAGCAAAAUGAAGGCCAAGACACUUGAGCUUCAUAUGAGCUACUGUCAUCGAUCUAAGUUUUAGUUUUUCUAAGUUUUAGUUUUUCUUGGGUUUGAUUUAUGAUGUUGUUUUAGACAAUUUGGUUAAGAUUUCGGUUAGUGAUAUAGAUGCGUGUAUGUUUGGAUUUUGGUUUGAAACAUACGUGUACGUAUUAUGAAUUUUAACUACUUAAAUUUUUGUAAGUUAAUUUUAUUGUUAAUUGAAGACCAAGUAUUCACAA